AUGUCGGAUCACGAGUAUGCCGGCAACGACGAUUUGUCACUUCCCAAAGCUACGGUGCAGAAAAUCGUCGGCGAGAUUCUCCCACCUCACACUGGGGUCGGAUUUGCCAAGGAGGCCAGAGACCUGCUCAUAGAAUGCUGUGUCGAGUUCAUCACUCUCAUCUCCUCCGAGGCCAAUGAGAUCUCCGAGAAGGAAGCCAAGAAGACGAUUGCCUGCGAUCACAUCACCAAGGCUCUAGAGCAGCUUGGCUUCUCCGACUAUGUGCCUUUGGUCCAGGAGGCUGCGGCCGAGCACAAGGAAGUACAAAAGGGCCGCGAAAAGAAGCAAGACAAGUUUGCUAACAGCGGCAUGUCAAUGGAGGAGCUGGCUCGUCUUCAGGAAGAGCAGUUUGCACAGGCGAGACAACGCCACAACUAG